UUCCCUUACGCUUCACCCUCAGUGCGGAGCCCUCGGCGGAGAGAGGAGAAGCGGCCACUGGCAACCUCCGGAGCAGCGGUAGCGGCUGUGAGAACCGGAACCACACCCACACUCACAUCGCUGCCCCUGUCCUCACUUGUCUUCUCGCCGUCCCACGGGAGAACACAUCUUCGAAGAGCUGCCGCCCACGCCCCGAGCAUCCUCCCGGGUGGAUCCAACACUAACUGACCGGGCGGCAUGAUGCGGCUUCGAGGCUCAGCAAUGCUGCGGGACCUGCUCCUGCGGCCGCCUGCCGCCGCCAGCGCGGCUCUGAAGCGGGUGCAGCCCCUCGCUACCCUGUGUUGGCGCGUCCGGAGCGGGGGACUGGAGGCCGCGGGGCCGGCGGCCGCAGCGCGGAUCUACCCCUGGUGGGGCGGGGGCGGGCGGCCGGCUGAGCCCCUCGCGCGGGGCCUGUCCAGCUCCCCCUCAGAGAUUCUGCAGGAGCUGGGCAAGGGGGGCACGCAGCAGCAGCAGCCGCCGCAGCAGCAGCAGCCCGGGGCGUCGCCGCCCGCGGCCCCGCCGGCGCCCGGCCCUAAGGACGGCCCCGGGGAGACAGACGCUCUUGGCAACAGCGAGGGCAAGGAGCUUGUAGCCUCAGGCGAAAAUAAAUUAAAACAGGGUCUGUUACCUAGCUUGGAAGAUUUGCUGUUCUAUACAAUUGCAGAAGGACAAGAGAAAAUACCUGUUCAUAAAUUUAUUACAGCACUCAAAUCUACAGGAUUGCGAACGUCUGAUCCCAGGUUGAAAGAGUGUAUGGAUAUGUUAAGAUUAACUCUUCAAACAACAUCAGAUGGUGUCAUGCUAGACAAAGAUCUUUUUAAAAAAUGUGUUCAAAGCAACAUUGUUUUGUUGACACAAGCCUUUAGAAGAAAGUUUGUCAUUCCUGACUUUAUGUCUUUUACGUCUCAUAUCGAUGAGUUAUAUGAAAGUGCUAAAAAGCAGUCUGGAGGAAAGGUUGCAGAUUAUAUUCCUCAACUGGCCAAGUUCAGUCCUGAUUUGUGGGGUGUGUCGGUUUGUACAGUAGAUGGACAGAGGCAUUCUAUUGGAGAUACCAAAGUUCCAUUUUGUCUUCAGUCCUGUGUAAAACCGUUGAAAUACGCCAUUGCUGUUAAUGAUCUUGGAACUGAGUAUGUGCAUCGAUAUGUUGGGAAAGAGCCAAGUGGACUAAGAUUCAACAAACUGUUUUUAAAUGAAGAUGAUAAACCACAUAAUCCUAUGGUAAAUGCUGGAGCAAUUGUUGUGACUUCAUUAAUAAAGCAAGGAGUGAAUAAUGCUGAAAAAUUUGACUAUGUGAUGCAGUUUUUGAAUAAGAUGGCUGGUAAUGAAUAUGUUGGAUUCAGUAAUGCAACGUUUCAGUCUGAAAGAGAAAGUGGAGAUCGAAAUUUUGCAAUAGGAUAUUACUUAAAAGAAAAAAAGUGUUUUCCAGAAGGCACAGACAUGGUUGGUAUAUUAGACUUCUAUUUCCAGCUAUGCUCCAUUGAAGUAACUUGUGAAUCGGCUAGUGUGAUGGCUGCAACAUUGGCUAAUGGUGGUUUCUGCCCAAUUACUGGUGAAAGAGUUCUGAGCCCUGAAGCAGUUCGAAAUACACUGAGUUUGAUGCAUUCCUGUGGCAUGUACGAUUUCUCAGGGCAGUUUGCUUUCCAUGUUGGUCUUCCUGCAAAAUCUGGAGUUGCUGGGGGCAUUCUUUUAGUUGUCCCCAAUGUCAUGGGCAUGAUGUGCUGGUCUCCCCCUCUGGACAAGAUGGGCAACAGUGUUAAGGGAAUUCACUUCUGUCAUGAUCUUGUUUCUCUGUGUAAUUUCCAUAACUAUGAUAACUUAAGACACUUCGCAAAAAAACUCGAUCCUCGAAGAGAAGGUGGUGAUCAAAGGGUAAAAUCAGUGAUAAACCUUUUGUUUGCUGCAUAUACUGGAGAUGUAUCUGCACUUCGAAGAUUUGCUCUGUCAGCCAUGGACAUGGAACAGCGAGACUAUGAUUCUAGAACAGCCCUCCAUGUCGCUGCUGCAGAGGGUCAUGUUGAAGUUGUUAAAUUUUUGCUGGAAGCCUGCAAAGUAAAUCCUUUCCCCAAGGAUAGGUGGAAUAACACUCCCAUGGAUGAAGCACUGCACUUUGGACAUCACGAUGUGUUUAAAAUCCUCCAGGAAUACCAAGUCCAGUACACACCUCAAGGAGAUGCUGACAAUGGAAAGGAAAAUCAAACUGUCCAUAAAAAUCUUGAUGGACUCUUGUAAUGGUCGUAAGCCCAAGAUUUAAAUCACUUACCUAUUUAAUUGUGAAAAAUGAUUAUGAAGAACAUGUAUUUCUACCUGGUAGUGAUGUAUAUUUUACACAUUUGUCAUUUCAGUGUUAUUGGAGUUUCCUUCAUUGUACGCACAGGACAAAUCUGAUCUUUUUGGGAAAAAAUAGAAAUAAAACAAUCUCCCUCCAUAAUGUGAGCAAUAUUUACCUCGUGCAUUGUAUAAUCGGAUGUAAACGAAAUAGUUACCAAUGCUAGCUUAACUGUGUGGUGUUCAUGGUUGAUUUCUGUGUCUUGUGAAUUUUCAGUUUAUGGUGAUGAUCUGCUGGUAUACAUUUACAAAUUACGCUCUUGUUAUGCAGCCUGUCCAGAUAGGCCAAGGCAGCCUUUAGAAGCAAACUAGUGUGAUUUUCAUGACUUCAAAUAUAGAUUUAGUUCGAGUGUUUGAACAACUAUAUGCACUUAUGGUUGUGUGUUUAAAAUGUCUCCCAUCACCCUAGCUUCAUGAUGUGACUUUAAAAAUUACAGUAGUUAACAACUGUUAGUAGGAUAGACCAAUUAUGAUUAGACUUUAUCAGGGAAUCUGUUUAAGAUAUGUUUGGUGACCAAAACAUAUGUGUGAAUGUAGUUACACUACUUUUGAAAAUUUUUCCUUUUUCUAUACCCUUGUCCAGCUUCUCUCCCCAGACAUUUAGCUAUUUGCCUCUUUAGCUGGGAAAGUGGGUGCUGGCAUACUAUGCAGUUUUCAUGUUUUCCACAGUAAGUCAGAAAAUGCCUCAUAGAUCUGGCAUCCGAGCUACAACCAUGCCAUUUGUCUAUAGGAAAUAAACCAGAGACAAAUUACAAAGCUAAGUGCAAAUUAGUCAAAUGUAUCGGCCUAAAGAAGGGAUGUGCUACUGCAGCUUUUUAAGAACAUAUUUUUCAGCUUCCAGGAUGAAGCUAAAACAGAAGUGCUCUAAGUUACCAAAGUUACUAUGAUGGUAUGGGAACUGCUACAAAUAACAUUCGUUUUUAAACCUAUCAUGAAAAGUCUGCAUCAAGAUAUCUGCUCUAUUUGGGGGACCACGAGAUCACUCCAGCUUUCUCCUUAUUCUCUAUCGUGUAAGUUUUGGUGGACUCUCUAGUUUACUAAUAAGAGAAGGCCAUUUCAUUUUAAAUUGAGACCCAUCAUUUGUUUGGGGGAGGAAUUGCACAUACACUUUAUCCCAGCGUGCCUCAGAGGUAAAGCGGUGUGAGAUGAAGCACACACACAGGCACACACAUACACACACACACAUGGACUUCUCUGAAGCUGCUUAUUGACAUGAGCAGAAACCUCAACCACAUGAACGCUAGUUGCUAACAUAGCAAAUUCCUUUUUUUCUGUACCUUUUCUGUGAGCACACACUGCUCCUUCCAAACCUUAUCACGCCUAAUUUCCCACGCUAGUAGUCUCCACGUGUUCCGGUUUUGCUUCCAGUCUAAGUCAGUGGCCUCAGCCAUCACCCUCCUGGUCCCGAGACAGCACCUUCUUUGUGGAAUCGAGGCCAGCGUUCCUCAGCGGAGCUGCAUCAGGCAUGAAGCCACGCUGUGGGGAAUGAGUGCUGCUGUGUUCCUGCCCCAUGAAUCUAUCAAGCCGCCUAGACGGGUAGCAUUUGCAAAAUAUCCCCAGUCAUAUUAUAGAUCCUCUUGAACUGAAAUCAAUUGAAACAAAUGUGCUCAAACAGCAGCUUGCUUUGUGUGAUCAAAAUGAAGCAUUAAGAUAGUUCAGUUGUGUAACUAACUUAAAGAUUACCAAUGAUUUUGAGGCUUUUCUUUAAUUAAAAAGAGGUUCUAACUAUUAUUUGGGAACAAAGAUAGUUUUUCAUCUUGUCUCAGAUCAAAACUAUUUUGUGAAAUCUUUGUUUAGUUAAAUGUGUCCUUAUUUACCCGUGAGGUUAUUUAUGACUGUAUCCUGGUUCCUGCUCUCUGUUUGCUGUUGGCUGAUAAUAAUGAGUCCAUUUGGUUGAAAUGCUUCUGACUGUGCUGUUACCUGCUGCCAUGAGUAAACUCCAAAGAUUGUUUUAUUUUGGCUUUAGGAUCAUAUCUGCUUUUUUUCUGUACCAGGAGAACUCUCUAUGGUCAUGUUUAUUUAAAGCUUUGUACAUUAAUACAAGGUUGUUUCUGCUGGUCUCAGCCCUAAUGAUCUCAUCUUUGGGGGUCUGUGCUGUACCCCCUGCUGCCCCCACUGCCCUUUACUGCAGAGCUGGAUUAACUAGUGACCUUUGAUUCUGUUGUCUGUCUGAUGGGGACUGAAUGGCCUGAUGAUGGAUUUAGAUUCUUCCUGGGGAUUGUACAGCUACGAAUGUAUUUGCCACCAGGA